CAAGCCUGAUCAGCUUGUAUCUAACUCUAGUGAGUUACAAUAGUAUGAGAUCUCUCUCUCCUCACCAAGAUCAAAUGGAGCUAUUUAAUGAAGAGAUGCCUUUAGUCUCACAAUGCAGUUUCCACUAUCAAUAAUUUAAAAAUCGUUGCAGCAGCUCAGAAGAAAAACCAAGAUUGUGUAUUUCCUUUAGCUCUAUAUUUUGCAUAGGAAGUUGGAAAAGAAAUUGAAAACAGACAAAAUACUGUAUACAGAGUUUCAACUGAGAUCCCCAAAUACAAGUGGGUUGAUGUUUUCUUUGACAAGGUACUAACUGAAAAGGUGGGUCCAGUUUUAUUUUAUUCUAUGUUUGGGGAAGUAUAGAAUAUAUUGCAUGUUUACAGUGAGCUUUGUUUAUUUAUUUUUAUUUUUGUUUGUUGUUGUUUAAUUGUUUCUGCAGUUUUCUCCCUCUUUGAGAAAAACGGUGUUAUAUUGUCUGAAAUGUUCAUAAAUAAUAAACAUGGUUUUAUUGUCUUGAGUGCAUUCUUCAUACGAGAGGUCAGGGUGGGUACAUUGUUUAUGAUUACAUUACUGUAUUAUUGUUUUUUUCUUACCAUUUAUUUAAAGAUACAAAUACUGUGUUCAAACGAGCCAUAAAUGUCAGUCAUUCUGCACUCAUUUUAUUUAAAUUAAUAUGAUUUUUUUUUGUAUAACUAAAUUAUCUUUUUUUAAAUCCAAACAUUUUUAUUUUUUUUAAAAUUGUUUCUAAAAAAAAUAAUUAAAUGCAUUCUUUCCUCAUAACCCGAUUUGCAUUUUUUUUAAAAAAAACAAAAACAAACAAAAACUACUGUUUAUAAAAGAAAAAAAAUUCUAAUAGGUACAAUUCUAACAGUAAACAAUGUACCAGUCACUUUUCUGUAACUAAUUAAUUAUCUCUUAAAAUGUUUCUUCCACCUGCUUUUAGAGUCAUUUGGCAGAAUUUGUAUCUUGAUGGCUAGCCAAGUCAGUGCACAAAGGAUUAAUGCACAAUGCUCCAAAUGAUUUAAAAUUUCUACAUAUCAAUAGCAGAUCCUGGAGUGUUGGUUGCUUUAUACAUGAAGGGGAAAGUUGUGUAUGUACUAAUGUUUGAGCAAAGUCGUUUUGCAAUUGGCAUUAUUGUUUUAUGAUGUGUGUUGCUGAGGGAGGGGGGGGGGAUGCUCUGUCUCUUUAAAUACACAGCAUGUUGUGUGGAGUGCAGAGAAGUUUGACCAAUAGAGGUACAAAUUGGGAUCUAAAUAAUUUCUCACUGACAAAAGCUAAGACAUUCUGGUCUAAACGACUUGCUAAACUCAACCAGCAGGUCUGUAGGAGCUCUACACAGAGAGACACAGAGACACAGAAGGGAGAGCACAGAAUCUUGAUAUUCCUCAUGAAGAUUUCAUGGGAAACUGGAUCUGCCUGCCAGGCACUCAGCUACAGCAUGAAUCUGCUUUCUAAUCUCCAGCAUGGGAAGCUGAUUCUGCAGAGUGAAACUUUCAACAAGUUAUCUGCUACCUACCUUCAUUUAAAAUAAAAUACAAAAAAAAAAAAAAGACACAAGAGGUAGGACAUGGUGCAUUUAUUAUUGAAAUAUUAAGGGUCUUUUUAUUGGAGUAUAUUGUUGGAGUUUAGCUCUCUUUGAUCAUAAAAAAUCGUUGUAGUUUUUUUUUCCUGUAGCUGCAGGCUCUGUAUUGUUUGGAAAAAUCAUUCCAGUAUGUCUUUUUUCUUGUAAAAGGGAGUGUUCAUUUAUUGUAUUAGCUAGGAAGCCUUUGUACUGCAAGAUGGGAAUGCUAGAAUGAAUUGGAUAGAGGGAUUACUCUAUAGAUAGCUGUUUUGUUAGAUAGAGGGAUUACUCUAUAGAUAGCUGUUUUGUUACUGAUCUCUUUGGGGGUUUACUCUCUUGUGUAACUGGGGGAAAUAAAGAAAGUAAAUAUAAAAAAUGAUAUUUUCUUUGGGAUUAGUGGCAAACUCUUGAGUCUGAUCUGAGUUGGGACUGUCUAUUCUGAAUAAAUUCCUUCCAGUCUGUCCAGCAAAAGUAUUUGGAAUAAUUCUACAACACAGGGGGACGUGCUAUUCCAGACACUUCAUAAUGUUUGCUUUGUUGAUUGUUUGUUUCACUUUCAGAAGCAAGAGAUAGAAUGUAUAUGUUUUGUAUUUUUCAAUAACUCUCGCUUGGCAUGUGUCGUGUUAACCAUUGGAGUGCAGGAGACUUGCUUGCCCUAUGUCGGUCUCUGCAUCUGUCACACCAAGAGUUAAACUUCUAGCUCUAACCUAGCAAUUAGCUGCUGUCUCCCUGGAGCUUGGUUUCAACUCAUUUGGAACAUUGCUGUCAGGGUGACAACAACAUGACACUAUGACACUAUCCUCUGCUGGCACUGAAAAGGUUAAUGUGUCUUUAUAUUACGGAUUGUACAAGUGUGUGUGUGUGUGUGUGUGUGUGUGUGUGUGUGUGUGUGUGUGUGUGUGUGUGUGUGUGUGUGUGUGUGUGUGUGUGUGUGUGUGUGUGUGUGUGUGUGUGUGUGUGUGUGUGUGUGUGUGUGUGUGUGUGUGUGUGUGUGUGUGUGUGUGUGUGUGUGGUUUUUUUUUUUUGGUUUUUUUUAAAGGAGAUCGCCUGCUCUCAAUUCCUGGGCAUUUUCCUAUUCUGUUCCCAAUCCCAGUGUUGGCUGCAUAUGUGUAUUCGAUGCACAUGUGUUGAAGGUUUCUUAGCUGUAAUGCAAAGUUCUUUAAACAUUCUAGUGAAAGUAAAUGCUACAGACCUGAUCAAACCAAAGGGACUGGUGUAUGUGUGUGUGUGUGUGUAGGGGCGGGCAUGGAGAGGGGGGACUCAUAGGAUACCUGCAAAUCUGAAGAAUGUGAGGCUUUCUGUGCCAUCUGGAAAAAAAAACCAUUCAUAAUAACCUUAUGGGUUUUUUUUGGUUUUUUUUUAGUCUUGAGUUAAAGUAGUAAGAGGGGGCCCUCUACUGGUCAACAAAUGAACUCCUGCUAUUAAACAUCUAAUGGGUUUCCAACAGGCUAUUGUAGCUUUCUUAUGGCUUACGAGGCAAUUUUGUAAAAAGAUGCUCUUGCGCAUAAAAAAAUAACCUUUUUCCUUUGUGAAUAAUGUAGUAGUUGAGUUCAAAUGUUGCUUCAGCACUUGUCUUCACUAAGCUAAAAAGGCGGUGAGAUUUCCAGCCAUAUAUUUUGUGGUUUCUCUACUGACAAGUGGAGUCCAGUGAAUAUAGUUUUAAGAAAAGAUAAAUCUUUGCAAUGUUUCACAGCUUAGUAAAUGUCUAUCGUCACACUUCACUAUUACAAACGAAUUCAGUUUCUUUCCACCCAGGUUGAUUUCGGCUAGGGGAAAAUAUCUCCUAUCAUCUUAUGCCAUUACCUGAAAUAGAUAUGCGUUUUAUUUCUGAUUGUCAUAGUGAGGAAGUUAUUCAAUAACAUAGGAAUUGUGUAGAGUGAACAAGCAAAUUGUAGAGUUCUUCCCGAAAUGAUAAAAUUGGAAAUCUUCUCCUGUGUGUGUGUAUUACUGUGGAUCCAAAUAAGACACGUCAUUGACAUAGUAUGAUACGUAUGAAAAUUGAUAAUUUAUUGAUAUCGACUUCAUCAGGCAAUCUUUAGAUAAACUGUCACGUCUCUAAGUUCCUUCACUGCUCUAAAAAAUAGACUCUGUCUUGAGUUGUAGUGUUCUAAAACAUGUGAUUUUUAAAUAUAUUUCAAAUUAAUUUGAUAAUGUUGAUUAUUACUAGGGAGAAUGUGCUCUUAGCAUUGGUAAGAUUUUUUUUAUAUUGUAUAUGUUGCAUCUUAAUUGUAUUUUUCCCCUCCUACUAAUUAUAUACCAAUAAAUAUAAAGUGCUAGUUUGAGGAGGGGUAUCCCAAUACAUUAGAAAGACAUAGACGGUCUAUAACAAGCGCCUUCCAUGUUAUAUGUUCAGAGCUAGACCACUUGCUUAAUUGGUCUAUGGUGGAUGUAAAGGUCCGUUGAUAACUCUACUGACAGAUGCAAGAAGAAGUUGAGAAACCUGCUAAAUUCAUUCUGUUGGUUACUUGUUGCUUUUAUGUCCCAGUGCACCAAAAUCAGAAAAGGACAGAUUGUCCAAAUUGUUAAGUAAAGUACUGAAUACGUAGUCAAUAACUACAUGGGAUUAAAGAACAUAGCCGACAUCAAAAUAUAACUUCUACUUAACAUUUUCUGAUGGCACGCUUUCUGUUCCUAACAAUCUGUGUGGUGAAAUGCAGUCAGCACUUGUUAACAUGUAAGCUCUAAUGGAAUUUAAUCCAUGCCGUUUACAAUAAUUGUAAUUCCAGUACCAAAACGCCUUUGUCUUAUUACUCUUCAUCCUAAUAUGCAUAAUAGGAAAUAAGAGACCCUCUACAAAACACAUUAUACGGUGACUUUUGACCUAUUUUAUUACAAUUAUUUUAAUUUCACACAUUGUGUCACUCGUAACAUCAUUGGUAUUCUAAAAACACAAUGUAGUGUUGUGGUUUUUUUGUUUUUUUUUUAAAUAUUCUAAAUUGUUCCGAAUGGUGCUUAUACUAAACUUAAGAAUAGCCUUAAUGCAGUUUAUGCAUCAUCUCAGUUCUAUUUAUAGACCUUUUUAAAUGCAUUUGGAGUCUGGCCAUCAUUUAGAGUCUAUAAGCCUGGACAGGCGAGAAUACAUAUUUCAAGACUUUCCCCCAUCAUCUAUAGGAAUAUCCCAGGACCUUUCUAUAUUUGCCAUAUUUAUUUUUUCUCUAUUUUUUUUCUAAGAAAUAGACUUUUUGUUUUGUUUUGUUUUUUUUGUUUCUGUGUUCUUUCAUUUAUCAAUAUUUACCAAAAUGAUGAAAGUCACAUUGAUGACAUACAGCUAUUCUUUCAUCUAAUGUGUAAGUAAAAUAACGCACCUUGUGAUAAUUCAAAAGUGCUCAUGUUUUUAUAAGCAAUGGGUUAGAUGUAAGGUUGUUUACAUUCAAGAGCUAUAAUGAGACAAUGUGAUCUGCCUCCACUCUUCCAUAACUAGUUACAUAUCUGUUUCUCUUGACGCUUUUCCAAUUCGACCUGUUGCUCAAAUUUCCUGUAGAGUCAGUUUUUAAUAGCAAACAUGUCCCUUUUCUCUUUUCUUGUUAUGUUUCUCAUUCUAUAUUAGGGUCCAUCAUAAGCUACCAUUAUAGAUAUUAUUAUCAUCCAUCUUCGUAAACCUCUUUUGACGCUUGAUAAAUAAAACUGCAUAUUACUAUUACAGGUUGCAGUUUUUAGACUGUUACCACAGCAAGAUCAAUACUCAUCACUUAUUCAUGUUGCUAGUAACUGGGACGUAAUGUAUGCAGACAUUCCUGAUGAUUCUCCUUUCAGGAGGUGCUGAGUGAGAUCCAUCUUUGUCUUUUGUGGAUAUUCAUGUAUAUGUAACUGGUUUGAAGCAGCAGAGGAACUUUAGAGACAAUGAACUGUGACCUCUGGGUGGGUGGUAGGGAGAAUGGCGAAGAGAUGAGUAAUUUGGACUCUUGGGAAUAAAACAUUUUUUCGAAUGUGUGAAAGUCAAGUUUAGCUUGUUUUAAUUAUAGAAGCAGGGUAAGAAAGAGUGUGAAAUAUACUAAGAAACUCGAUCCAAAUUGGCUUUAAUCCAAGGACAUAAUUAAAUUUAAUGCAACACACCAACAUGCCAACAUUCAUAUGGGUAAUACUUACAUCUAUUUCAAAUGCUAAAUACUGUUGCAUAGUAAAUUUGCUGACUUUAUAAUCUGUUUAGUUGAAAAACAUAACUUUGUCAUUUAUAUACACUGAUCAGCCACAUCAUUAAAACCACUGACAGGUGAAGUGAAUAACAUUGAUUAUAUUGUUACAUUGGCACCUGUCAAGGGGUGGGACAUAUAGGCAGCAAGUGAACAGACUGUUCUUGAAUUUCAUGUGUUGGAGGCAGGAAAAAUGAGCAGCUUAAAAAAAUCUGAGUGACUAUGACCGUGUACAAACAGUGAUGACUUGAUGAAUGAGAAAAGCAUCUCUUGUGGGGUGUUCCCAGUAUACACUGGGUAGUACCUACGACAAGUGGGACAAGGAAGGACAACAGGUGAACUGUUGUCAGGGUCAUGGGGCAAUAUAAGUCCAAGGCUCAUUGAUACAUGUGGGGAGCGAAGGUUAGCCCAUCUGGUAUGACCACACAGAAGCGCUAUUGUAGCUUAAAUGGCUAAAAAAAAUACUUACUGCUGGCCAUAAUAGAAAGGUGACAGAACACAGUGUAUCGCAGUUUGUUGCAGAUGGGGCUGCAUAGCCGUAGACCAGUCAGAGUGCCCACUAUGACCCCUGUCCACCACCGAAAGCACCUUUAAUGGGGACAGGAGAGUCAGUACUGGAUGAUGGAGCAAUAGAAGAAAUUUGCCUUGUCUGAUGAAUCCCAUUUCCUUUUACAUAAGGUGAAUGGCCGAGUGUGUGCUUCAUUUACAUGGGAAAAAAAUUGCAGCAUGAUGGGAAGAAGGCAGGCCUUCAGAGGCAAUGUUAUGCUCUGGAUAGUGUUCUGCUGGAAAACAUUGGGUCCUGGCAUUCAUGUGGAUGUUACUUUUGGCAUGUAAAACCUGCCUGAAUAUUGUUGUACACCUCUUCAUGGCAAUGGUAUUCCAUGACGGCCAUGGCCUCUUUCAGCAAGAUUUUGCACCAUGCAACACUGCAAAAAUUGUUCAGGAAUGAUUUGAGGAGCAUGACAAAGAGUUCAAGGUGUUGCCUUGGGUUCUAUAUUCCUCAGAUCUCAGUCACGUUGAGCUUCUGUGGGAUGUGCUGUAACAACAAACUCGAUCCAUGGAGGUCCCACUGUGUGGGUACAGUAAAUAUGUAAGAGGCUUGCAGGAAUUAAAAGAUUUACUGCUAAUCUUUUGGUGCCAGAUCCCACAGGACACAUUCAGAGAUCUUUUGGAGUCCCUGCCUUGAUGCAUCAGAGCUUUUUUGGCAGCAGGAGGGGGACUUACACAAUAUUAGGCAGGUGGUUUUAAUUUUGUGGCUGAUCAGUGCAUAUAUCUCUUGUCCGCUAAGGCAGCUUGUUGUCUUCAGGAGCAAAGGAUAAGAAAUCUUCUGGUCGACCACUCAAGUCUCAAGUCAAGUCAGAAACCAUAUUUCAAAUACUUUCAACAGAAAAUGGUAGUUACGAAAAUCGCUUAUCAACUACUUAAUCAGUCAAUGUCUUGGCCAAAAAUAAAAACACCAAAGUACAUCUGAAGCUCUAUAAUUCAAAAAAUCCCAAUAUAAUAUGUAUAAAUACAUGUUUUGAGUAGGAAGAAUUAGACAAAGCUAUGGAACAUAAGAUCUUGUUGAUGGUUUAUUUGGGGACCACUGUUGGCAUCUGUUGCUUCUGCGACUUACAGCAGGCCUCCUGGAUAGAGACCUUGCUGAGCAUUUCACACACUGUGCUACAAUAACAAGCUUUUUGAUUUAUCUUCUGUGGUGCAGCAAACAGUAGCACAAGUUCACAAUCACAUCACUCCUGGGGGAACCUGCUGCCAAGUUGAAAAGCUAGCUUUCCCCUAUUUUCGAAACAAACGAUGGUUAAGCACAUGCACGCAACACUAACUGGUGUCUAGCUGGAGGUUGUAGCUCACUUGGUUCAAGCACCAGACACAUUACCUGAAUUUCCUUUUAAAGAUCAAUCUAUGUGUACUAUCAAGUGUGUAUUGAUAACAUGUAUGUGUUGGUGAUUGAGCAGUCUGUAAAAACGUUUCGAGUUAAAUAAAUACAUGGGUUUUUAGUCAAUUUGUUUCUUUUGGUGAAUGAACUGAUGCAAACAUAAUCCAUGGAGAUGUGAAUUAGACAGAAGUAGUUAACGGGAAAAUAUCCCAAUUCACAAGCACUGGAGCAAAAUGACAGAACCCUAAACUUAAAGUAAAUAGAAAGUGUCUCUUUCUACGAGUGCUAGAAAUACCAUAGGGCUGCUACAGUCAACGCUACGUCUUGAAUAUUUAAGAACCAUAGUGACAGGUGCACUAAUAAAGUAACAGCCCCCUAUUUUAUUGUACACUUGUAAUACAGGAAUCCAGUUAUUACGCAUAAUUUUUGUCUAAGAGUGGAGCUAACCAGGAUUCAAGGAAUCAUUUUUCUUGUCUGCAGCUCCUGUAAGGAGUCUGGACAAACAUCCAGAAUGUAAACAGAACUUAUUGCAAUAGAGCAAACUCAACUGUCAGUUUCUGGAAUAAUAAGAAAAAAAUAUCUUGAUGCAAUUGUGUGCGCUGUGUUGAUUUAUUUACAUUGCAAAUGCAGACUUCAAUCUGUGUUUUCUAUCUGAAUUCACAAUGUUUCUGUGCCCUUAGCCGAGAAUCCCAAGUAAGUGGGCAUAUCCGCUUAAUGAUGUAAUUACUAUCCUUUAUUUGUUUUCAAAUGAUUGUGAUAAGCCUUGAGUUUAGUCCUUUGUUAGAAAAUUGCUGUUCAAUUUCGAGACUGAAUGAUCUUGCCUAACAAGUCCCAAAUAAGCACUCUUAGUUAUGUCACACUGUGAAUUGCAUCCUGAAAAGGGGCUUUGAAAAGAAAUCCUACAGCUCUAUCUGAAUGCAGUGCCUUAACUCUUUCUGUAAGAAAAGCAGUUUUUAAGUCCAGACGCUUGACAACGAUAUGGUAAAAUAUUACGUAUGUCAAUAUAGUCUUUUGAUGCAUUGUAACUCCCUUGUAUUUGUAAUGUACAGCUGAUCAUUUGUUAAUUCUUUUCAAAUAGCAUAAUAGUAACAUAGGUAGCUGUUUAUGGUGAAAAUAAUCACAAAUCUUAACUCUGCAUGCUUUAACCUGAACAGCUUACAGUACACAACAAAGAGUGAAGGUAACAUACCUAAUGCAGCCUAAUGCCAUUAAUGAGUAGUGUUGCCAGAUCCAUAAUAUUUAAUAGGGCAGAGACACGUUAUGUCAAAAUUGAUACAGACAGCUAAGCAGCAAGGGCCCUAUUAGCUCUUUAGCCCUUGAAGUGCUGGAUUAAAAAUAUGUAACAGAUAUAAUGUCUGGGAAUUUGAAAAACAAGCAGAAAAUGCAUAUUAGACUUGUGCCUCCAUUUUUAGCAGAAUAACAAUUUGUCUGAACUCUGAGCGAUUUGCAGGUGGUCUGAAUUUUAUAGCUCUGAACAGCCAUAUGACCAAUUCACGAAGCCACUGAACUGGAUAAUGGAUGAACUGGCUUGGUUGUUCAUAUUUUGCUGUUCCAUUGCACUCCAAAAAAAACAUGAUUAAUGGUUAAGGGACAGUUACUAAAUCUAAUAGCUAAAUUAAAACAAUACAUAAAUAAUGAAUAAAUAAACCAGAGAUCAGCCAGACCGAAUGCUUAAAUUCCUACCUGUAAACUAAAAUUAAGCAAACAUAAAAAAACCCUGUAUUUUCAGACAGGUGAAUUUUGACCAGAAUUAGCUUCAGUAAAUCUAGAAUGGCCACACACACAUGUAUAUAUUGUCCCCACCCACCUACACCCUGUUAUCAUUACAUUCUCCUUGGUGGGCCCUCUUUUAUUUACAGGCCCACUCGUACGUUGGUUUCGGCACACCACAACCAACUUUGCCCUUUCAGAUACUAUCCAUUACGUAUUAAAUUCCGAGCACAAAUAUAUAUACACAAGGCAAAUUUUCAUGCCCUCCCGUUCACCCAAAUCAUUUUCUUGGAUAGUUUGCAUGGAAGAUAGACGAUAUUCAGUCUGAGCUGAACUGCCACAUCAACAGAACCAAAUAUUUCUUUUUUCUUAGGUCCAAAUGAUUCAGCCGAACCAAAUUUGUCCACCAUAUACAAGUCUAGUGCAUAUAAUUUUUUUAAAUGUAGUUUUGCAUCUAUUUUUGUAAAUUAAUUAUCUAUAUAAUGUAUUAAAGACUAGGGGUUACAUCCAGCCCAGAAUGCCCUUUUUUACCUUUAGCAUGUCACAGGCAUCCUCAGAUGUUGAGUACAUGCUUCCAGGUGCCGAGUACUUCCAUAUUGCUACCUCAUAUGCCUCCUUAGGACUCGUCCAUUCUCAAAUACUUCUUCCAGUUUCUCAGUAGUUCAACACCACUUACACACAACCUGGUGUUACCUGUAUAAUGCCAAUCAUUAGCCUUUCGGACAUGUCAUGUUACCAUGCUCUCACCUGGUUCUCUAAUGCCCAAUAUAGCUUUCAUUUUAGGUGUCAUUGGUAUUUUAGGCCAGAUUAGCUUUUAUUUACAUUUCCUAUUUUCUGGUGUCCCUUGGCUUGUUUUCUUAUUCCUUCGUACUUUGUACUUCUUUGUACUUUUCUUAUCCAUAGUCCUUUGCUAAUUACUUACUACACUUACCUGUUUCACAGGUCCGCUACUUUGUCUCUUUGUAGGCACCGUGGUAGGACCAGCCAUUUUAUGGUCUGGUAUACUACUAUCUUUUUUUUUUAAUUUCUAUUUCCUGUAUAGAGGUUAACUAAGCUCUGCGAGAGCUUAUGGGUAAUGGGUGGUCCUUCAAGGACAUGUUGAGAACCAUAUUUGCCACGAUGCUCCAUGUCUUUCAAUUAAACUUUAAAUUAUAUCCUUAUGGUCACAUUCAUGUAGGUCUCUCAACAAGAUGACAAUCAGGUGCUUGCUCUGCACAAUAAAACUAGACUCAUGUUCAAAGGCAUUAAUGUGUUCUGUCACACUUGAAUUACAUGUGACAAUAUUAAUUGCAGUUAUUUGUUUGAGGCAAUGGAAGCAGGUGCCUUUUUGCAAGGUAGUUUGAUCCAUCUGAUAGUAAAAAGCUGUGGUGUGACUUAGUUAUAGAUAAUUGAUUUUGUGUUUAUUUCCGACCAGAAUAAAGUUGGUUAUUAUGAAAGUUUUACCUUGAUUUUAAACUCAUAACGCUAUAGUUAUGAAAAAAUACUGUUUUGGGGCAACUAAAUGUUGAUGCAGUUUUUUUUUUUUUAGAACCUAAUGACAUUUUCCACUUGACUGAUCCACACUUGCUAAGACAGAAUUGUUCUAGGUUAGGCAUUAUCGAUGUAUGUGCUGAGCAUGAUGUGGAUUGUGGAAUAACAGCUGGGGAGCCAAAGGUUUCCUAUCCCUGGGUUUGAUUCGCAUAAUAAAUGUUUGGUUUCCCAUGGCAACAGAGUUAUCAUCAGUUUGUCAAAUUACACUGUAAUCUAGGCAUCUCUAAUUGAUACAGCUGUCAUCAGAUGAGCCUUGUAGGACAGCCAAAACAACGAAUGGAGGCCAGACUAACACAUUUCAUGCUUUGCUGACAGCUGAGAUGAUGCAGAACUACUAUGUGUUGUGAACUGAAAAAUAUUUCUUGUUUUGUGGUCUUUACAUUUCCCUUUUCUCCAAUAGAAAGACAGAUAUUGAAAACUAGAAUUAAAUCUAUGUUACUUUUAAAAUGCAUUCACUAUGAGUACUUAAAAAUAUGUAAAUGCCUGUGACACAAAUAGAGAUUUGCUACCUUGUCAUUAUUUAAGUUUUUUUUUGCAAAUUGUUAUCUUGUAUACUAGUUUUAAGUGAUCUUUGAUUGCAAUACCUAAGCUGGGAGAGUGUGCCCUUAUUAUCUUGACCCAGAAGAAUAUGAAAUGGCCACGUAGACGUAUCAUGGGAAACAAUCGAAUACAUAUCCAAAUUUGAUGUGUGAAGAUUAUGUCAGGUGUUUUUUUUUUUCUAUGAUCCCAGUUUUCUCUGAAAACUUUCAAUUUAUUAUUACAUAUACCCAUUUAGUGUUUGAUGGACAUCAUAUUAAACAUUUGUUUUAUGCUCCUUGUAUGGAUGUAGUCUUUCUGUUUUUUGACUCUAACAGAGAUUAACUUGUAAUAAACCAAUAGCAAACCAGAAUGGUCCAUAGUACCCUGAUAAUGGCAUGGUUGUAAGGGAUGUCCUAUAUGUUCAUAGAGCCGUGUUAAAGUUAAAUCAAAAGGGGCAUCCACAGUAAAGUAGGAUCUUCACAGACCAGACUAAAUUGUCAUGGCAUUGACCAACACUCGUCUAUAAUAGGUUAAAUUGGUCUCCUUUGUAGCACACCUGGUGAAAUAGCUGAAUCUUUAACUAAAUAAUACCGACUGAACCAUCUGUUUCUUCAAACCCAGUAUAAUCGUACUUUGCAUCUGUUCAUAUUGUGUACAUACGUGUAAGGUAACAAAUCAAAUUCAAAUAUCACAAUGGAUCAUACAAGUGUUUGAACAUGCCUUGGACUGACCUCUUUUCAUAUACUUCUGACUUGGAGAUUCCAAAAGAAAUUUGAAGUCCUUUUAAGAAUGUUGCUCUUUUGUAAUAUUGAGCUGAUCAGUUUGCGAUUUAUGCAAGUUUUAACUUUGUAAGUCAUCUGAUAUGAAAGAUUUCCAAAGCAAUAGACAAGUAACAAAAUGAUGUCCAUGUGUUAGUUGGAACAAAUCAGACAAUGAUGCACAAACACACAGCAGACUAACUAAUCCUGCUUAUUGUACUAUAUCUGCUAACUAUUCCGGUCUUCAUUUAAUCAGGAGUAUUAUCAGCAAUGAAAAGAUCCUUUCAAGUGGGUUCACUCAAUCUUUCAGACAGAGUUUUUUUAAAUUCUCUUAACCUUGUGCAUAUUAGUGUUACCUUGAAAACAAAUACCCGUCGGUUAAUUAUACUUGCUCUCACAUCUGAAAGACAAUUUGCAAAUGAACUCACCAAUUUCCUCUGUCAUGUUAUCAAGUCAAACGGGAUUGGCUCUUUGUCAGAGACUCUGAGACACUUUUGGGUUCAAUUCCACAGGUGGAUGGACACAUUUUCUUUUCUUUUUUUUCUACAUUUAAAGAAGGCGAUCCAUGCCGAGUUGCCUCAUCUUCUUUAUGUUGUCUUGUGAAGAGUGCAAAGGAGUGCAAAAUAAAUACUACUCACUUAAUUUGGCAUAGGAGGGCAAGCAACUCUUGGACUGGUGGAAAAUACAACCCAAUACAAUGGCCUUUAAUUCCUCUUACAUAUUACAAAUCACUCUGUGGAUGGUCCUACUCUCACUGAACCAGACUGGUUGGCAUCAGGUAAAGUAGUCUCCAUGUAAAAAAUCCUAGGAGGCUUUCUAGCCCUGGGAAGUACUGAGAUUAUGGGUCACCAGCUCAGCCAACACAAUGCUGGGCUAGCAAAAGGCCUACAAAAUACCUGCCAACUGCAUCAUUACUGCACUUUGGGCAUAAAGUUUUGUGCUAGACAUUUCCGUUUUUCUACACUGCUGUUGGCUGUGGGAGAAGCCAGGGUCGCACAACCCUAUGUUGAACAGAGACCUUAGUGUUAUUAUAACUACUUGAAUAACAUGCAUUCCAUUGGCCCUCCAGUUGAUCGUUAUCUUUCAAGAAUGGCACCCUGAGGAUGCAGCCCACAAACUCUGCCUGCUAGAGGGGAGAUAAUAUUUUGAUAUUAUUUUACUACCCUUAUUUUAUUUUUAAGUUUCUUGAAGGUAUCCCUACUCACACAAGUCCUACAAGCUCUUAUAGAAAGCUAUAAUAGAUACAAAUUAAUCUGAAUAUUUAAUUUGUGUGCGUUUUCUAGUUUCUACGAUACUUGACCAGGAAGCGCACAUGAUGCUAAUUGUGAAUCUGCGAGUGAAAUCCAAACGUUAGAGAGACCGCAUUGAGUUAUCGACAGAAACCCCAAAUAAUUAUAUGCUCCAUGUAAUCUCUAGAACAUGGUACAUCAGUGUAGUGUUCAUGAAAACUUUGUUUCAGAUACAUGUUUAAACUCCAUGUGAAAGUUUUAGGGCAAUUGCUGUGUGCUAAAUAUCCAGUUGGCCUUAUUUUAUGAUUGCACACAAAUGAUGAUUCUUCGAUGCUUUGAGUGCUGUCUUCAACUUGUACUUAGUCCUGAUUGUCUGUGAUUUAACCUAAGUGUGUUUCCUGACAAUUCUCCUACUUAUUCAUUUGGCAUUUCGCCAUAGCAUAUUGCAUUAACUAUACUCAUAGACAAUUGCCAGUUAAAUUACGUUCCUGUCUGAUCCUGUUGUUCUGUGAAUAUGUUCUAUGUUGUAUCUCAACAGCAGAGCAAACAUAGGGCCUUAACCUGCAAGGGGCUUGGUGUUGCCCCUAUUGGUCUUCGAAAGUAUAUUUUGCAAACAAUUUUCAAAUAUAUUACUAAUUAUCAAGAUUAAAGAUGUUUCCUCUAUUUGUUGCUACAAAUAGCAAGUAAUAGUGGCUUAACAAUUAGUGCAUUUUUAUUUAAAUUUUUUUAGAGGAAUAAUGUAUGCAUUCUUUAUUUUUGUUGCACUACUUUGGCUCUCCCCAAGUUAAAAGGGUAAUUCAGUAGUGGACCCCGUGCUCACUGUCCUAGGGAGUAUAAGUUACACCUGGCUGGUGCUGCUCAAAGGAGGCUGAAACGAUCAUCUGGGACUGCUGUAUCUCCUGUGAAAAGAGAACUUGCUGGAAUUUCGAUUCUGAACUGCCCUUAUGGGUGGGAUCAGUCUAAUAUGCCUUGGAACUGGUUUUAUCUGUAAAGGCACAAAUGAGCAAAAACUAUUUUGAGACCUGAGUGGGGAUUAACCGGAGAGCAAGCUACUGAGUCCCUUUAAACAUUUGUGCGUUCCCAAAGUUCUCGUAUUCUUUGUUUUAGGCUGUAUGGUUAUUCAUACAAUUCUUCUCCAAUUAUGAAGUCUGUGUAUCUCACAGGCCAACGUGAAACAAAAUUUAAUUUUUUCCUAAUUUUUGCAAGUGAGAAAUAAAAUAUUAGAAUGUGAAUAUUGGUAUGUAUUCUGAACCACACCAAUACCCAUGUAAAAAUGUGGAAAUUUAUAAUUUUCUGUGAACUGUGGUGCAACCAGAAAGCAAAAAAAAAAAAAAAAACCCCUCUCCCAACCUUGUAGUAACAAGUUUAGAAAACAUAUUUAACCUUAAAUAAUUAUUUUGGGUAUUGUUGCAUUCUGCCUUCUUUCUACCUCCAUAAAUUGAUAUUAACACUUACAAGUUCUUUUUCUGCCAAAAUACUCAUGUUGAUUGACUCAAUAAUCAACCUACAUGUGGCUCUUUAUAACCCAAGAUUCUUAUUAGAAUGAGAAGAAGGAAAUGUAUAGGAUAUCUUGGAGUAUCAUUUCACUAAAGCAAGUUAAUUGGAUCGUUUCCCUGCAGAGCUGGUAUGUGGUUCAUGAAUUUACAGGAGUUCGACCAGGGGGUUCGACCUUAGUUACUCAAUCCAGCCAAUGCACCACUUGCAAUAUAAGUGAGUGACUUCUAGACAAUGUGAAACUCUCUUACAAAACAACUGGGAUGUCAAUUACAAUAAAGCUCAGAUCAACAAUCCUAUUGCAUCUGUAUCGGAUAACACAAGCACUGUUAUAGCAGCAGUACCAAGUAACAUGUUAUCAAUAAUUCAGGCAGUGGUUUGGACAGACAAAACAUGAACCUAUCUGUGUCACUCUAUUUUAAUUUUAUUCACAAGGUGAAAUGGGGAUUUGCACCUUUUCAAAGUCUCUCUCUGAAUUGCACGAAUUUAGAAAUAUGAACCUGGCACCUCGGGGUGUUCUUUACCGUACACACAAAUACUAUGCUUUUAAUUUUAUCUUGUUUAUGACUUCUCAUAUCCCCCAAAAUAGAACACUGUAUUAAAUUCUCUGGUACCAUGUAAAUGCCUGACAGGUUAUUUGGGACCUACAAAUAAAAACUAUAUAUAUAUAUAUAUAUAUAUAUAUAUAUAUAUAUGUAAGCAUUAUGUGUGGAAUUAACCAGAGUUUACAAUACAAAAAAAACUGCAUAAACCUGAAAAGCUGGUUAUAAAUAGUUUUGAGCAUGUUUUACAGUACAGGUAACCAUAUGACUCACUGCAACCUAGACCAGUUUAAACUAUGAUGCAUAGAGCGUGUGCACCAAUUAACUUAAACUUGCAACCAGGAACAUGGUUCUUUUAAAAUUAAAUGAAGAGCUUUGAUCGUGGAAAUAUCAGAGGAGCAAAACUAUGACUGAGGUUCUUGAAGGAAUUUGCUCAGUAACCAGAAAGUUUUAGGAGUGACUUUAUGCACCUAAAGGGGAGUCAUGUGAAACGCAAGUCCAUCCAACUGCAACUCAGGUCAGUGUCUUUGGUCAUUCCACUAUCCUCUAUGAAGAUUCAGCUUUCUUUAACUCAGUGUCCUUGGUGAUAUCACUGUUUGCAAAGCAACUCCAACUUACUUCAACUCAGGGCAACUUAGAGGUAAUUAAUCUUCCCGAGUUAAUUCCACAAUUCGAUUAAAAAUGCUUAUAAUGCAUAUCAAAGCUGAUUGAGUAUUCUGCUAGUGAUUCCAUAAAAACUAAAUUAUGCUUCAAUAACAGUGAAUGGAUGAAGACUUUGUGGAUAAGGAUGGCCAUUUCAUCCAUGUGGAUACUAUUUAAUUACAGUAUUAUAGCACUUUCAAUAUUGAUUUGCCAGCUCCUCCAAUAAAGUUAACCCUAGGUCGGGGGUAGGCAGCUGUCAGCACACCAGAUGUUGUGGACUAAUAUGGGAGAUGUAGUCGAUAACAUCUAGAGUGUCGGAGGCUGCCUAAGCCUGCCCUACGUGAUAGGUGUUGAACAAUGCUCAUUUUCAGACUACUGAAGUGAAAUGUUUUCCCAGCAUCUCUACAUGGUGAACCCUUUCUUUUGUACGUUAAGUGUGCCCUUGUUUCCAAAUCUAGAACCAGCUUAAUUAGAAUGAUAAUAAACAAGGUAGCGAUGCCACUGUAUCCAGGUUAAUUAGACGUUUAAACAGUAUGUGAGCCUCAAAGAGUUAAUGCUCCGUUAGCUUGAUUACAUUUGACGUAAACCUAAAAGGACCUUUGGAGCCUUUUAUGACUACAGCGUAAAGAUUAUAGACAUCUCAACCCUCGAUUAUUAUGAGAAUAACUGUGAGUGGUCAUUGUAUGCAGAAUAAACUUCAAUUCAGUUUUAACAAUGACAACUUGGUGACCUUUUGAGCUUCCUAUGAGCUUUAGAAAUGGAAAAGGUCCCUGUCUAUUAAUUUGCUUAAUUUGUAAUCCAGCUUUCACCUAAAUCACAAUCUCCUUACUUUCAAGCAGCUCUUCCAGCUGUUGAUUAAUUUGUCAUUUUUUGAAUUAUUAAUAGCAAUAAUAUAGAGUAAUUGCAAAAAAAGGAUCAUAGGUGGAUUUUCUGUGUAUGCUGAUAAGCAACUUUAAAGGAAGCACUCGUUGAAAAGCUAUUUAUUUUGUUAUAUUUGUUUUUUAUAUACAGAUAUAUUUGGUGUCUGUGAGGUCUGAUAAGUUUAUUUAGAAGUCCACAUUUUAUUUACCUCUGUCACGGAGCUAUACGCCUCCAUCUUGGCAUCCAGUUGGUGAUUAAUAUGAGCUCUGUGCUGCUUCUGUCAUACAACAUAGUAUGUAGGGCUGAAGAAAUUAAUAACACAUACAGGGGGUUUUGCUCCCCAAUGUUUACCCCAUAUACUGCCAAUAUAUUAUGCAUAUCAUGAGGUAAACACUAUGUUGUGUAAUGAAAGCUAGAAAGUAAUCUGCCUGUUUCAUGGUGCUCUUGGAGAGUGGAAGAUGGAACUGGGUUGGGGAAUGGGAGAUGGAGCUGUGUCAGAGAGAGGGAGAUGGAGCUUUGUGGGAGCAGGAUAUGGAGCUAGGUGGAAGAAAGGGAGAUGGAGCUGGGUCAGAGAGAGGGAAAUGGAGCUGGGUCAGAGAUGGAGAUGGCACUGGGUGAGAGAGAGGGAGAUGGAGCUUUGUGGGAGCAGGAUAUGGAGCUAGGUGGAAGAAAGGGAGAUGGAGCUGGGUCAGAGAAAGGGAGAUGGAGCUGGGUCAGAGAGAGGGAAAUGGAGCUGGGUCAGAGAUGGAGAUGGCACUGGGUGGUAGAGAGGGAGAUGGAGCUUUGUGGGAGCAGGAUAUGGAGUUAGGUGGAAGAAAGGGAAAUGGAGCUGGGUCAGAGAAAGGGAGAUGGAGCUGGGUCAGAGAGAGGGAAAUGGAGCUGGGUCAGAGAUGGAGAUGGCACUGGGUGGGAGAGAGGGAGAGGGAGAUGGAGCUUGUGGGAGAGAGGGAGAGAGGGAGAUGAGCUGGGGAGAGAGGAAGCUGGGUCAAAAAAGGAGAUGGAGAUGGGUGGGAGAGAAGGAGAUUGAGCUGAGGGAUAAGAGUGGGAUGGAGAGGUGAGAGUGAGAUGGAGCUUGAGGUAAAAGAUGGAGCUUGUGGGAGAGAGAGAGAUGGAGCUGGGUUAGAGAGAGGGAGCUGGGGAGAGAGGGAGAUGGAGCUGGGGAGAGAGGAAGCUGGGUCAGAGAGAGGGAGAUAGAGCUGGGUUGGAAAGAGGGAGAUGGAGCUGAGGGAUAAGAGUGGGAUGGAGGUGUGUGUGUGUGUGUCUGUCUGUCUGUGUGUGUGUGUGUCUGUGUGUCUGUGUGUGUGUGUGUGUGUGUGUCUGUGUGUGUGUGUGUGUGUGUGUGUGUGUGUGUCUGUGUGUGUGUGUGUGUGUGUGUGUGUGUGUGUGUGUGUAAUUUAAUUGCGCGUCAGGGAAUUGUAUAAAAUAAAUAUCCAAAUUAUUUGAUUGUUUUAGCCAAAAUUUUGCAAUUUAGAUUUUUAUUUGCAUUAAUUUUAAAUUUAGAGAAUAACCCUGCUUGUGUCCUAGUACUUGUUGAACCCAGUGCCAAAUUCCAGCUCUGUAAUAUAUCCAACAAGGAGUGUUCUAAUAUGACUUAGCAAUAAAUAGAAAAACGUCUUUAUUUUGGACAGACGUGUAAAGCAUACAAGUCCGUCCCAUUACCAGAUUUUUGGGUAAUAGGGCUCAAAUGUCUGUAUGCUGUUGCAUGUCUGCACAAAAUAAAGCAGUUCUUUUGUGUGUAAGUUUCCUUCAUGUUGGAGAAAUAUGUUUUAGUUUUAUGUUUCUAUUUUCACCGGUAUAUCGCUGCACUAUACUGGAGCAACGCAUUGUAGGACUGGUGUAACGAUUUCCAGGGCUGCUUUUUAUCCAAGCCCAGCUUUCUUACUCUCGGGCACAAGGACUUCAUCUUCCUACUGAUAUAUCCGGCUUUGCCGAGGAUCUAGCUUGGCAACUUGCAAAACCUAGAUUUAUCCUUCCUAGAAAUAUAUAUUUAUUUAACCCCUUAAAGACCAAACUUCUGGAAUAAAAGGGAAUCAUGACAUGUCACACAUGUCAUCUGUCCUUAAGGGGUUAAUGGCAAAUUGUAUUUAUUUCAUGUAAAGAAACAUUUCGCCACUUGGUUUUAAGGAUUUUUUGGGGCAGUCCCUCAGGAGCUGAGAGGCAGCAAUUGUCAUAUUCUGCUUUUUAAAAUAAAGUUUUCAUCUGACAACACCUACAAAAAAAAUUCUUAAACUUGUUAAGAUUUCAGAUAUCAGAAAGCCUUAUAGAAAAAAAAAACACUCUCAUUGAUUUUUAAUGUUAAUAAAUAAAUAGAACCAAAUGGGCCCAUCACUAUAUAAAAAGAAAAAAAAAUUGAAAGGGAAGAAAUUGAAAAAAAUGAAAGAGUUGAAAGAAAUAGGCAUUCGGUGUUACCCUUUUCUGGUCUCUGCUGCUUACACUUCAUUAAAAUCUGUUCAGCACAAGUGUUCGUGUUUUUGAUUUUCAAGAUUUCCUGCAAAUGGAAUGUUUACAGUUUUAACUGCUUGUUUGAUUUAAGAACAAAUCCUCUCUGAAUUCUUCUGACUGACUAAAAAGCUCAAAAAACACGUGUUUAAAAAAAUGCCGAAAAUUUUAAAUCCCCAACUUUCCCUAAUUUCUCUCUUUUUUUUCCUUCACUUAGUUGUCAAAGCGUAAUGUGUUCAGACGACAACACAGAGGUUUUUUUUUUAUUAUUUCUUUUGCAGUCUUGUAGAAUCUGAGUUUUAAUAAUAUGCUUUCACUUAAAAGGAAUCUGAAACUAGUUUUGGCACUGUCCUCAGAGCUAUAUAGGGUUUUGUUUUCUACUGCAACCAGUUAUCUUCAAAGAACUGUAACUGAGAAUACGUAACGUGCAGAAUACUCUGUAAUAAUCUGCGAAUGUGGCUGCGGAUAUUCAUUUAACAAGCCACUGUUUUCGUACAUUUUUUUAUGGAAGUGGAUAGUGAACAUGCUCUAUUUGUAUAAUAUCAAUGUAUCAAAACAGAAAAUGAUAUUCUAUGAUUCUUUUUUUUGACUGUCCCAUGGGAGGGUGGAGCAGAGUUUUUGGAUGUAAGGUUCCAAUACCUACUGACUGCUUUUAAAGAAGUUAUUAAAACGUAGUACUUUUUACCUGUGAUUGGGAAUGGCUGAAAUGUUCCUCUUAAAGGUAACACAUGAGAAUUAAAGGAAUAUUCCACCAUAACCACUACAAACAUGCUGUGCAUUAAUGGCCUCCCUUCCACCCAGUGUUGGUAGUCAAACAGCUUUAGAACAGUUUGAUUUCUUAUCUGGUGUCCAUCUGGUGUAGCUUGCGCUGUGUUAGACUCGAAUGCUGAUCUAAGCCAAUUAGCUAGCGCUAAACUUUGGGGUUUUGCUCUGGAGAACUACUAGAAGCUCCUUAAGGAGCUCCCAGCUCUCACGUCCAGGCCCGGCAGACCGCAGGUAAAAAGUCAAACUAUCCUAAAAAGGUUUGACAAUUUACUAUGAGGGGAGUGUUAUGGCACUAUAGGCACCAUUACCACUAAGAAAAACAUUCAAACUAUCAGAAUUGUCCUUUUACAUAUGAUCAGAAUUAUCAGUUUGACCUUUUACCUGGAUCCUCUGGGCACAGCUCCAUGCCUCCACAGCUGUUCAUUAAGAGCUAUGAAACUUCUGGCUCUCACUUCCGCCUGCCGGGAGAUGGGGACCAGUACCUUUCGGGCACCAAUGCUAAAAUGGGGGUUGCCAUGGAACUCUGGUUACCAUAACCACUACAGCUUUCAGUGCUCCUUUAACAUCUUUUUUGUCUCUUCAAAAAAAAAAAUGAAUUUCAUCUGAGCAUUUAAAAAUCCACAAAACCAAGCAAAGAAAAUAAGAAAAUUGCUAUUUUCAUCUAAUUUGACAAGUAAAAAAUUUAACUUCCCACAUCUGAAAAAGCCAGUCAGAGGGAGUUUGGCUGAUGAUAAAGCAAAUAUGGUGAUUUCAGGCAAGGAGACAGGGUGGCCUUGGUGAGAACAGCAUAGAGAGGGAGUAAAGGUACGUAAAACUACCUUUUAAGCCUCCUUGGGGGGCUGGACAUCUACAUUACAAGAUAAACAGCCCUCUAGUGGCACUAGAUGUGGCUAUCAGGAAGACAGUGAUACAUGUUUGCAUUCCUGUCGCUACAGCGAAGCAAUUUGAGGCUUUUCUUUGGAACAAUUUGGAAAUUGCAAAUAUGUUCCUCACAAAGUAUGGUGGCAGCUGAUUUUUAUCUACCGUUUGAUAUUCAUUUUAAAAUAUGAAAAUGAGGCACAAUAAAUCAGAGACUCAUUUUAAAGCAUAAAUGCCGUGCAGUAAUAUAAAAGUAUCACAAUAAAGUAAAUAUUUUGUAUCUAUACAUUGUGCUGUCAAUUCGCUAUCAAAACUUACACUUUAGCUGUGUGCAACUAGUAUUGAGGAGACAAAUAUAAUAUUGCUCUUAAAACACUUUUCUUCCCAUAAGCCUGUGUGGCUUUGCACAGUGCCAGAUGGUCACCUCACACUAAGCAUGGUGUAUAAACAUAUGAAGGUGGUGAUGUCCACACACCCUCUUGUGUUGACUUCAGCAGCUAUGUUUGUGCACUUUUGUGGAAACUUUGAGGUACUUAUAACCACAGAGACAUUUCCAGCAAAGGAUUAGGCAACAGAUAACCUUCCAACAGUUAUAAAACUACAGUUCCCAUAAUGCUUGACCAGCAUAUAGGCUAUAAGCUUAGUCAGCCUAAUGUUGCAAUGCAGGCACAGUAACCAAUGUCUUCCCAGAUAUAUUCACCAGGAGCAUUGCUAAAGGCAAACAUACUGGGGCUCCUGAAUAAGGCAAAUUAUGGCCCCUUCCAUAAUAACUGAUUUAACUCCCUCCUAAAACCUGCCCUAUGCCAUGCCCCAAGUCCAACCUUAAACUCUAACAUGAAUCUAUGAAUCUGUUUAUGACUCCAGAACUCUUAAUGAAUUCAGAAUAUUAGAUAAACUCCAACCAUGUAGUAUUGCAACCAAGCCAUGUUUUAUUAACUCUAAACUCUACUUCAGUCACAGCAGCACUGUGCUAUAUACUCGACUCCAGACUUGUUGCAUUAAUGUAGCACUGUCACAAUGUAACGUGCAAUUGGAAGUGUUAGUUAUCUGUCAGGUAUUGCAGUAGGCCCAGGGAUAACAAUGACAGGGUGCCAAAAUUAGUCCAAGGGGGUUUCAGGACCCCAUUCAGGACUUCAGCCCCUGUCAGUCGUCCCCUGGCAAUGCUGUUCAGAUCCCGAAAUCAAGCCUUCAUCAUCCGGAAGACCUACUGCUCACCAGAAGUAUGACAUUAAGUCAACAUUGUUUUUUCAUGAAUCCUCAAUUCUUCAGAAAAAAAAGAGCCAGAGGGUUGUAGACUAAGGGUCAGAAUCAAUAAUUUAUGCUAGAUCAGGCUGAAUCAAGGCUUGCCCCUCAUGGCAAAUGUAAGACACUUCGCUCAUUGCUAUGAAAUAUGUCGUAAACGGCUCCAGAAACACAAAAGAUUAAUCAUGACUUAAGGCUGCUCUUUUUAUGACCGAGUUCACUGCGAUAUUAAAUCUUUCAUGUUAUUUUAGCAGUGUUAGCGGUAUUUAAUUUAUGUGGAGCUGCCUUAAAGUGUUUUAUAAAUAAAUGCAAAUUGGUGAAUAAAUGGUUUCUUUGCUUAUUUUUUUUUUUUUUUUGUAUUAUUCACCCUUUCACGGUGAAACAUACUAUUUAUUUAGUGUAGUAUAAGAAAUCUGGAUGAUUAUUUAAAUAGAGGUAUCUGUUUUUUUAUGUAUUCUUAUAGAACGUUAAGCAAAAAGAAAAAAAAAAUUAAAUAAACUCACUUUAACAACAAAUCCCAUGCUUAUCUUUAAAAAUAAAUAAAUAAGAGAACUUAUAUCAAUUUAAAUUUCAUUAUUGAUAUAGCACAUUGUGAUGUGAUAAAAUGCACACAAAUGUGUUCCACAAUUUCUAUGUAGUGAUCCCUCUCUGUAGGGGCUCCAAUUCUAUACUGUACCUCCCAGCAUCAGACGAAGACAGACAAAUUGCAUUUUGGUUUUUGCUUUGUUUUGUUUUUUUAUUUUGUUGUUUUGGGCAUGUGAAACUCACUGAUUCUCGAAAAUAUCCAAGACAGCCAGUUUGCAAUCAUGGGCGCCUACCUAAUAGAAACAUAGAAUGUGACGGCAGAUAUGAACCAUUCGGCCCAUCUAGUCUGCCCAAUUUUCUAAAUACUUUCAUUAGUCCCUGGCCUUAUCUUAUAGUUAGGAUAGUCUUAUGCCUAUCCCACGCAUACUUAAACUCCUUUACUGUGUUAACCUCUACCACUUCAGCUGGAAGGCUAUUCCAUGCAUCCACUACCCUCUCAGUAAAGUAAUACUUCCAGAUAUUAUUUUUAAAACUUUGUCCCUCUAAGUUAAGACUAUGUCCUCUUGUUGUGGUAGUUUUUCUUCUUUUUUUAAUCACUGAUGGACAUCCUAAUGCAAUACCAAUUGCUUUCAAUUAAAAGAAACAAUGUGUCAUGGAGCAGCCCAUAACUCCCGUGUACGUGUGCAACCCGGCCCCAUUUGCCAGCCGUCUGCUGCAAGGCAUAGAAAAGAGGAAGCUGGUAGCCUUAAUGAUCCAACCAUAGCCAGUCAAAGUAAGAUCACUAGUCUGAUUCUUGCUUAUCUUUUCAUAGUACCAAACAUAUGGCUAAUUGUGAACUGAAACAUUUAGAAAGAUGUAAUAAAAAGAUGUGAUUUGAUAGCGUUUGACACAGAUCUGUGCAAAGCAGAACAAAUGAAUGACUGUACCUCUUGUGUCUUGUGAAUAAACACAUCUCCCACUAGAUAAUCGUUUCCCAAAUUCAAGUUAUUAGCACACACUCAUUUUCAAGGUUAACAGAUAUCCCUGCUUCACCACAGGUUGUGAAAUCAUGCAUGGAUCCAUAAUUUAGAAAUUGUGCUAAUAGUUGCAAAACAAAGCAAACUUUAAGAACCUCCAGCUGACCAGCUACUCGGAGAGCUGAGGCCUAACUGCCAAAGUGGCCGCCCUGCUGAACCCUACGAUAAUGGCUGCCUUUCAAAUUCAAAGUCACAUAUAUCAGCUACUCCUGACAUUUGAUAGAGUGUGCGUGGAUUUUUGGGCAAAACUAUCAGAGACUUACCACUACCCCUACUGAAUGAGUUACGGUCCCACAAAGUCAUCAUGCUGAGCGACUCAUCUCUCACAAGCACCUUCAACAUGUUCCCAUAGGGUCAUGGAGGAAAAUAAGGCACGAGAAGCCACUGUGGCGGUCGGCUCUCCCUCAUCGCUUAGGUCUUAACACUGGCCGCUACUCUACCCGAAUGCAGCGCUAUACACCUCUCCACCCACAGGUUGCCUAGUAUCUAGUAUUCAAAUAAUGGAUCUUUUGAUUAUAAUGAAGAACAUGUCCCAAUGCAUUGUCAGUGACUUGUAUUUAUUUAUCUAGGUAAGGCUCAUGGGAAAGCUAGUUUGCUGAUGUCUAGAGGUCAGCUUUUAUAAAGAUUUCUACCAAAGUAAUUUUCCUUAAUCCACCUGUGAUGAUGCAAGUCUUAAAAUAUGUACUGCUGAGGUCUUUGAGGACUGGAAUUUGGGAAGCAAUGCCUGAGAUUUGAAAUGAUUUUAGCAAAUGUAGAAUUAACUGAAAAUGUUCGCUGGAUUCUCAGCGGGUUGAGGAAAUGGGUCAAUGAUGUGACCAGUAGGCUACUCUCUUCCGUGAUAUGCAGCUAAGAAGUACCUGGACAUUAAACACAACUUCUUUCACAUUCUGGGAUUAAUAAGUGAACUUUGCUUACAGGGUUAUUCAUUAAAGUUGGAAUUCAUGGUGAAUUCAUGGUGAAUUUCAAAUUUCAGGUCAAAACAGGCAAACUGGAAAAAAUGUAUGUCAGCUAUGCUUCCAUUCAACUUCUCUUAAAUUUGAAAUUGACUUUGAAAUCACUUUGAAUUCUCAUGUUAGUGAAUAUCCCUGUUAGUCACUGUACUAACAGUCUGAAUUUUAGCAGCUUUGACAUAGAAGAGAUAAGUUUAUAAAAAAAGAGGAAUAUUUUUAUACCAUAUUAUCGGAAUAGCAAAGUAUUUCACUUUCAAAGAUCACAUGUCAAGUUAAUUAACCCAAAAAUAAAUUACCCAUGAAUAAUUGAGUAUCUCAUUCAUUGCAAAUUUGCUAUCUGUCAAAUAGCUCCACAUGAUAUUUUAGCCUACAUAAUAUACAUAGAUUAUUCUAUGGGCCGUAUAUUCUAAAUCAAGAAUCACGUAGAAUUAACAAGAUAAUUGCUUAUCUUAUGCCAAAUAUCAGAAUCUUUUCCAGUUUGGUUAUUUUGAUUUGCGUAAACUGAGAAAUUCCCUUGUCCUUCCCUCAAAAUUAAUAGUUUAGAGAAUAAAUGUUACAUAGUUACAUAGACUGAAAAGAGUCUUGUGUCCAUCAAGUUCAGCCUUUCUCACAGUUUUUCCUGUUGAUCCAAAAGAAGGCAAAAAACAGUUUGAAUCGCUUUCCAAAUUCAUAACAAAUUAGGAAAAAACUUCCUUCUCGGCCUAAGAAUGGCAGUCAGAUCUCUCCUUGGAUCAAGAAGCUAUUACCCCAUCAAUUAAAGAUUAUAAACCUAAAAAUUAUGUUUUUGCAAGUAUUCAUCCAACUGCUGUUUAAACAUCUGUGUAGACUCUGAUAAAACCACCUCUUCAGGUAUAGAAUUCCACAUCCUUAUUGUUAUUACUGUAAAAAAAAUUCCCUCUCCUUUAGACUAAAUCUCCUUUCUUCUAGUUUAAACGUGUCACCUUGUGUCUUACAUAUAGACCUGUUUGAUGUUGCAUGGAAUAUCUGUAUGAUUUUUCCAAGUAGAAAUAUAAUAGUUAUAUUUACUAUAAUUCUUCUUUCUAUUUUUAUACUAUGUUUAUUGCAUAAUUCACAAAUCAUAUAGGGGUUUAUGUACUAUACAGUGUUUUGUGCUGUAAUGACAGCUGAUAUGCAAGAUUUAAGCCAUAACAGCAAAGUUAGAGAAACUCUCCGAAUGAACCAAAUGGAGCACUUUGUCUUUCUCGACUACUAUAGCCUAAAUGUUUCAACCCAGCCGUCAGCUCACCAUAACUCACUACUUAGUAAAUAACCCCCAUUUGUCUUCGUUGUAUUUCAUUUUGCAUAAUGACUUGCGCUGUUGAAAAUUGUAGGUUAACAUACAGACAUUUGUUAUUUGUCAUGACAACCUUCCAAGAUAAUAAUGAAAAGAACAUGCAUAAAAUCUGUCCUCUGUUGUUUCAGUUGGCAGCGCAUUGACGGCAAAGUGAUUUGUGUCAAGUAAAGGCCUUAAGUGGAUGUCUGCUUAUUUGUUUGCAUUUUUUUUAAUAUUGUAGUCUGCGCAGAGUAUAGAAGCUGCAAUACAUCAGUCAACAUGGCUUUCUAUAGCUUGAAUAUGGACAUCGAAGAUAUACACUUUUAGUGACCAUGUAUGCCUGGGAUCUACUGUUUGGACACCACUGCUAUGUUACAUUGAUUGAAUAACUAAUUUAAUGAUGUGUCUGUAUAGAAUGAAGGACAGAAAGGCACUAAAAACAAGACACAUACAACACUCAAAAAAAAAUGUCUACACUUACACAAAAUAUACAGGUUAAGGUAGCAAAAAGUUUAAAAGUUUUCCAAAUUGCCGUAGUGUUUUAAGUCUACCACUUCAUCAGACUACCCAUCAGGAUCCUAACCUAAUUUACACAGAGGAAGCAUUGCUGCCUAUACUUCUAAAAUGGGCUCUAGAUGGGUAACAUUCUUAAACAAAGGAUCUUAGUCUUAUCUCAAACAUAAUAUAAGAUAAAUAAACAGAGAUAGAUUAUCUAUUAGCCCAGUGAGUAAUGAAAAGCCAGGACUCCAUGUUUUAACACACCUUUUGCCAGUCAAAAUCUGGAAAAGGCUCAUGUCCAGUGUAGUUAGGCAUAAGCUAUGAAACAGGUAUUGGAAGUAGGUCAUAGAGAUCAAUGUCUACAGACUGCAUCAUGGAUUUAUUAUUCAUUUAUUUAUUAAAUAUUAUCUGAUUCUGCACUUAUGCACAAUUGGGCGUGGGCAAGCCAUAUGUGCCAUCAUACCUCAGUGCCAAGCUACUGUUUGAAAGUGCGACAUCUAUUGAAAUAUAAAUGGUUUUGUCAAGCAAUCAGAAGUAUAUAUGCAAUCACUAUAUGUCUGUCUGUCUGAAUGUUGAUGGUACAAUGUAUUGCAUUUUGUACUGGAGUUUCGCUAUUCGUCUCCAUUGCGCUCCAUUUUUUAAGCUUUUAUAUUGAAAUUAUAUUUGGAAUUAAAUUUAAUAACACAUAUCUUUAAAAUAAAAUAAAAAUAUGUCUGUCUGGCUUAUAUAGGAAUGUAUUUUAUGUGAAUCAGGGCUUUGCCUUUUUUACGAAAAUGCACAAUGCCCUUACCAACUAUUUUGUCUGGUACUCUCUUUUGCUAAAUAUACAAUUUCUUUACAAAUGUGCAAGCUCGUUUGGUUAAAGUGCAAACUGUAGUACCUGUUCAAAGCCUAAGGUUCUACUCUAGGCAUUCUCAACUCACUUUUAAUCUUUCUGAAUUCAAUAUAAAUCGCCAUUCAGUUGGUAAACAAAAAAUCCAGGCCUCAAUCUAUUUUUCCAAUUAGACUAUUUUGGCUAUUUAUCUACUGUAGUCAAAUUUCAAUUGUAUAAAACGAGUCUGCACUUGAUGGCAAGUUUUAUAGUAAAUACGGUUUGAAAUCAGCUCAUGUAUUAGAGAGACUGUGCUAUAAUGGAAGAUCUGUCUAUAAAAACGUGACUGCUUUCAGUGGGUACUGGAUAUUUGAAAUGCAAAUAUAAAUCCAGUGAAAGAUCUAACUGCUUUGCCUAUGCAGUUUCUCUGGCUUUUAGACAUCUGUAAGACACUAGUCUGCCUUCGACAUGUCUCUGUUAUUCAAAAAUUAAAUCACAAUAUUUGGCAUUCUCGAGACAUCAAAAUUUUGUCACCAGCCUAUGUGGUAGGUAGAACGGAUCAGUCUUGGCUGACGCCUUGUCUACUGUGCUGAGGGAUUUGCAGUAGCAGAUCUUGAAAUUUAGAUAUUAAAUAAUGUUCCUAAGUAACUGAAGCUGUGAAAUGUUUAAACCAAUAUGCUUAUGAAUUAGGGAGCAUUUAACCAUCAUUCUUGGAAUAACGCUUCCAAAGAUUAUUUCAAUGUACAUUGUAAAAUUAAAAAACAAAUGUAAUUUUAUUUGUAUUGUUUUUAAGGUUAAUGAGCUGUGGCUACGCAUUUCUCCUUAUUCUAAACAGAUGGUAGUUUUCAAUUUCUCAUUUGGGACAAUAGGCUGUGGACAUCUCAAAACAGGUCUGUCUUGUUUUCGAAAUACGGCUGCUUUGAUUAUGUUUUACAAUUAGUCUCAAUAAAACCGUAAAACAUAUCCUGCAGCUUACAAAGUAGCUAAGGCUUAUAAAACGAUAUACUUUGUCAUAUUCUCUUUUAAUGAGGUUGAAGAGAACAUUAGUUUUGUUUGUUUUGGGUAAACUGAGCAGGCUGUCCUCUUUGUAUAUCUCUUUUUAUCAAUAGAAUGUUUUCCUGUAACGCUCAAAGAAAGAAAAUGUAUCUUCGUAAAAUAUAAUAUCGGGUUGCUGGGAAACGCUCAAGUUAUUUACAAAUAAGCUGUGGAUAAUAUAUUCUCCCAUAAUCCAUUGCUGUUGACUUAUCAUUAUUGAAAGUGGUUUAUGUUUGACCAGUCACCAGAACAGAUGGUACUGCAAGUAUUGUGCAAUGAGAGCAUAUCAGCAAUUGUCAUUGGCAUUUCUAUUUAACCCCUUAAGGACCAAACUUCUGGAAUAAAAGGGAAUCAUGACAUGUCAUACAUGUCAUGUGUCCUUAAGGUGUUAAAGGGGAAUUGUAAUUUACCUUGAAUGUGCACUUUGAAAAUCACCUACAACCUGUGGCCCUAGGGUAUAUUUAGGGUUUCUGGCCAGUUGUUGAUGCUGUGUAAGUAAAUAAUAGUAAUGUUAACACCAAUAUCAGACACUCUAUCUGUAUCUUUAUUUAUUUAGAUUAGACUUGUUGUGAUAACAUCAUUUUAUGAUUUACUUUUUAUUGAUAACUAGUAGUAACAGUCCAUUCCACUUUAAAUGGAUCUCAUUAUCUAUGAUCAAAUGCAACCCUGAAGGACACUUCGUUAUAAACAUUUGUUUCUAAGGCUUAUUAACCACAUCAGUAUGAGUGCUAAAGGAACAUGUCUUUUUUUUUUUUUUAGACUACUUGAAAUCAUUUUAAUAUCAUUUAAAAGAGCAAGGCUCUAUACAACAACUAAAAAUGGCAGCAGAUUAUGAUGUAUUGCAAAGCAGAAUAAAAGUCAUGUUGUUUCAAGACUGGCAAGGGAAGGUAUAUACCACAUAUAGUCCAUGAAUAUCAUGGAUUAGUUUCAAGAGGUUUGUUCAUGCCAUGAGGAGAUUGGAAUGAUGUGAAAUGUUACAUCACGGAAUCUUUUCUUGGCUUAGUCUUUUUCAUGAGGAGGUUGUGGUUUUCAGAGUAAAAAGGGACACUACAGGCACCCAGACCACUUCUGCCCAUUGGAGUGGUCUGGGUGCCAACUCCCACUACCCUUAACCCUGCAAUUGUAAUUAUUGCAGUUUUCAUAAACUGCAAAUAUUUACCUUGCAGGGUUAACUCCUCCUCUAGUGGCUGUCUACUCCUUCCUGAUUCAUAGCACAGGUUUUUCAAUGCUUUCCUAUGGAGAACUCUAAUGCAAUGCCGCACAUGCGCAUUAGGUUUCCUCAGCGGGCGGGAUGAGUCUGCCCCGACGGCUGACAUGAGGAAGGGGCGGAGCGGCGGCGACCCGAAACCACCACCGAGGGACAUCGGCGGGGGUCUCAGGUAAGUCACUGAAGGGGUUUUCACCCCUUCAGCAACCAGGGAUGGGUGGUUGGAGGGAGAGGUGAUCUGCAGUGCCAGGAAAAUGGAUUGUUUUCCUGGCACUGGAGAGUCCCUUUAACCUAUGCGUAUCUGCUAUAUCUGUCUGUCUAUCCGUCUGUCUGUUUAUCCUAUAAAAAAUGGCAGUUAGUUGCGCUGAAUUAAAAAAAUAUUUUAUUGUUUCCAUUUUAGGGUAAACAAAAAUAAAUAAGGACUUACCAAACAUAUAUUGUAACAAAGGUUGAACAAAAAAGUUAAAUCAAAGUUUAUUCAUUGUAAAAGUGAGUUCUGGGAGCAUGUGAGACUCCAUAACUCCUCUCCGGUGCUCCGGGAGUUAAAUUUCUAAUCAGGAACAGGGUUUUGCAUAACUGUAAAUCCCUGUCUCUGUUCUAUGGCACGAGGAGUUCACGCAUGGUUUUAAUUUUAUUUUUUACGAAGUUAAAAAUAUCCACAGCAGCAACUAUACAGCUGUGAGUCAGUGAUGGAGUCAUUUUAAACAAGUACAAAGCGAUAAGUUUAUAAAGAGAAAAAAUAAUGUGGACUCACAAAACAAGCAUUUGACCAGUAGCUCUUUCUUUUACUUUGUUUAUGAGUAGUUUGCAUAGUUCUGACUUAUGAAUCACUGCCUAAUCCUUGCGGCCAGUUUAGAAAGUGACAUUGUGACGGGAGAAUCAUACAGUAGCUAUACAAUGGGGUAAUGGACACCAUCUGAUUGGAGCAAAUUACCGUCUUCCUCUCAAAAUGAAAGCAUUGUUCUGAUAGAGCGAGCACAUGCUGUGAAGUCACUACACCCACUGCAUGAUCCUGUACUGGACUCUAAGUCAUAUCCCAGUUUCGGCAGAUAGUCGCUAAGUCAGUGCCCAGAAUAGUUGAAAAAUGCCAACAUCUAAAAUAAAUUAAAUACGCUCACCUUACAUUGGCUUACUCCAAGGAUGCAAUAUAACGGCUUCAGAGAAGCUCAGAAACAAUGGGGGAGUUUAUGAAAAUGUUCUGCUCUAAAAAGUGGUCUCAAGCUCUUGAAAGUAAGUCCAUCACCAUGGAAAUCAGUAGAACCAAUGGGAACAUUGUAUUUUAUAUUUUUGCACAACUUUUUAGAACAAAACAGUUGGAUAGGUCUACCGUACCGCUUUGAAAAGGAUGUCACAGUAAUGGAUAAAAAUUAUCAUAUCUAGUCUUUCUGCUCCCAAAACUCCAUAAAAACACAUAGUAAGGCUAUAGUCUCAUAGCCAAAAAAAAGUUUUAGAUUUUUGAACUGGUUUGGUGCCGACACAUGUGUUCCAGCUCUUCUCUUGUAUCUGUCAGCCUUGUAAUAAAACUGUGCUUUUACACAUUAAGAGUCAUUCCUUGUGUAUUAACUUCAAACUUCUCAUAUUCUAGUGAUUUGGUUUUUAACCCUUCCUUCUCAGGCAGCUUAGGUUCGGCCUCAAUGCAUUGCUUUUUACCCCAGGUGGUUUUUUUGUGAAUUAGUUGAGUAUUAAAGGAUUGAGUGAGGGGGGAUUAUUUAUAACCCUAAGCUAAACGCUAUGGAGUCUUUAACAGACCGUUUAUAAAAAGGUGUUUGUUUUUUUUUGUGUGUAAACUCUAAGACCUGUGGAUCUUACCACUUACCAGCCUGUCUGAAAUAGUUAUAUAUGAUGUAAGCAGACAGCUGACAUUUGUACAUGAAGGAUUUAAAAUAAUCCCAUUUAAAAGUUGUCAAUCAUACAAAUGGGAUUUGAGUUGUAGAUCGGAGUACUGUUAUCAGUUAUUACUUGAGAAAUGUAGCAUCUCUCUCAAGACUCUCGUUCUCUCUCUUUCUCUCUGGUUUUAUGAUCUAGUAGAGGCAUAGGCAACCUUCGGCACUCCAGAUGUUUUGGACUACACCUCCCAUGAUGCUUUGUCAGCAUUAUGGGUGUAAGAGCAUUAUGGGGGAUGUAGUCCACAAUCUCUGGAGUGCCGAAUGUUGCCUAUCCCUGAUCUAGUAAAUAUAUGAAGCUUCUGAAUUGACUUCUUUUAAAGGACCACUCCACAAACCUAUAACACUUUAUCUCGUCAAAAUGUUUUGACUUGUGACAAUUGUGUCCUCUAUCUUUCAUUUUUUUUAAAGUGCAGCUUAAGCUUGAAUCCUGUUAUUUCCUAGCUCAGUGGAGCUAAAUUCAAGAGGCAGCAAUUGCCCAGGCAUCACCAAACAGUGAUUUUUAUUUUUGGGCAGUGGCGUGGCACUUUAAACUACAGCAAUAUAACUUAAAAUUAUAUAAAUAAAAAUAUAUUGAAUGCUGCAUUAGAGUUACAAAACUCAAGUGCACUGUGGCGGAACCAACCUCGUCACUGGGCACUGGAGAAGCCUGGUUGCUCGCCUGCUACCUCUAGACUAUGGCCCUGUGUUUAAAACCUUGAUUUUUCCCUGCAGAAAAGCUUGUUCGUGCCUUUCUGCCCAGGCGUUCGGUAGAUGGAAUCUAUCGAACAAACAGACGAAUGACCGGACCACCUGGGUAUGGAGUGUGCCAGUAAUUUACCUCCCAGAAGCUGCGGUUAACCGCAGCUUAAUUGACGAAUGCUGGGUGGCCGUUGUUCGUAUAGCCGAACACGUGGCAGCGGCCAUCUUAAACUGCCGAACGGCCAGCGAUGUUCAGCUACAAAACUAUGGAACUAAUAACGGACAGUUAUAUUCAUGAACACCGCUGAGCCGUCAGCCUCCUUGCUUCUGCAUUCAUUCAUUUAACCGGAUGCCUGUUCAUUCGGUAGUUUAACCGUAUGAACAGCAUGACCCCAGAUAGCCAUGCCAUGGAGCCUAUUCGUGUAACGAAAGCCUAUGGGAAAGACUUUGACUCCAUGGCGAUUGAACUGUAUGUAUGUGAUCUGAGUGCCAUUCGGUAAUAAUGUGCGCUCAGAUCUAAGCUAUCUGGGGAUAUGUUGAAUGAAUAUGUUUUAUACAGUAUUGGUAACAUUGUAUAUUUUUAUGUCUUUUUGUUAACAUGUGGUCAAUGGAGUUUUGCCUCUAUCCUUGGAGAUAAUUGGAUUACUUCCCAAUUAUCUCCAGGAUAGAGAGGAUGGACUGUAAUGUACCUGUGGGAGGGCUUAACUGUGUAUGUCCGUGAUUGGUCACCUUGCUAUUUUGUCCCAGUCUUCCAUCUGGUCCCCUAGGGGAGUGUCCACCAGGUGGAAGACCUGCAUAAAUACCGGGCAGGUAGCCCACAUUAAACCAGAUCACUGCUUGACCCUCAACACGGAGCUUUGUCUCGUCUUUGGGGGGAUUUACUGUAUGCUGCUUCAGACCGAUUGCCAGGAGUGUAAACUGUUCGUAUGGUUUUUCCUGUUCGCCUGUUUGCAGUAUUCGUAUGGUUCCAGUUCGGGAGUUUGAAGCAUUCGUGUGUUUCCAGUUCGGGAGAUUGGUGUUCUGCAGUAGCUGCCUGUAUAUCUGGAAGGGAAUAUCUCCUAAACGGCUGUUAACCCAUUUUAUGCCUGGGGUGCCGUAACAUGCACUUUUCUGCAUUAGCCAAUAUCAAUGCCAAGAGUAAAGAAUUAUUUAAUGGCACCAUUGACAUAGGGCACCUGUACCAUUUGGCUUUCAGCAUCCCUGAAAUUCCCUUGCUAACUUUUGAUUUACCCCAAAUGCAAGACUACUGCUAUUGUCAUUUCUCAAUAAAGAAAUUCUAAAUGGAACGAGUGCUAUGGAUUUUUCACAUUUCUCUAGUAUGUUCGUAAAAGUAGAUUUCUGAACUUGUUACUAUUGCUUCGCUGCAGUUGCUUAGUAACAUGUCCCAUAUUGCCCUUACAAUGCUUUUGCAGAAUAAAGGAUAGCUCAUUAAAAAUUAAAUCUCUAUGCUGCUUUGACAUGUAGCCUUUACUCCAGGGAGCCCCUGGGUUUCCAAAUCUUGGUUAUAAAUCCUGUGACAAAUAUUUGUGCAUGAUUCACUUUCCACAAGAAAAAAAAUAGCAAAAAAAUGAAAGUCUGUAACAAUCUUGUAAUGUGUAAUAAUGAUAAACCUCACAUAGUUAUCUCAAUGAAAAAAAUGUUUCAUCUUGUAGAAUUCCUUGCAAAGUCAACACAAUAAAGUAGAUACAAGAUGUGCCAGGAAUAAUUCAAUAUAAAAUGUCUUUUGAUUGGAGCAUAGGCUACUUUUCAACUCAUAGCGUUCGAGCAUAAAAACAGAUGUUGGAAGCUUGUGUGUGUGGUUUUUUUUUUAAAUUCAAAUUACUGCAAUAAUAUAGGGUACACCAUCUUUACUUAGAAAUACAAAGAUAACCCAUCUGUGUAAUGCCUAUUUCUAAUCUCCGUGAACAGAUAUAAAAUAAUCAGAAGGAUUCAGGACCCUAUUCCCCCCACCCACUUUCCCUAAUCCAAAAGGAAACAUCUAAUAUGAAUCUGUCAACUCUAAAGGGACUCUAUAGACGCCCAGCCCACUUUAUGGCUAUGAUAUGGUAUGGGUGCUAUGCCCCUGUCUUUUUAAUCCUGUAAGUGAAAUUAUUGCUGUUUUGCAGGAACGCAAUGUUUUCUUCCAGGGUUACCACAAUUCAGUCAGUGACAGUCACGUAGACAGCCAUUAGAGGUGCUUUCACAGCUGUACCCUAUUUCAACGCAAUUAUAGCUCAAUAGAGUCUCCUAGAGAGCUUUUGAUUGGCGCAGUGCAGCGUUUUGCCAUUGCAUGCACACUAGUCUCCCAAUGCUUCCGUAAGGGAAGCAUUUGGAGAGCAUUGGAUUGGCAUUGCUUUGGCUGAGGUCAUUAAUCUUAUUGUCUCAGGAGCCAGGGAGGUGGAGCAGCUGCGGUGAGAUUAAGGUAGCUAAUUCUUAUCUUUUAAACCCAUGUAAGGAAGGGCGGACACCUACAUAUACCUACAGGCAGGGGAACACUAAAGCAUUAGUGAUACAUGUUGUAUUCCUAUCUCUAUUGUGUUCCCUUUACGAUUGUGUAUAUGAUACUGCUUUGAAUCACUAAUAUAAUUAUUUGAUUUAAAUUCGUCUCAUCAGUAGCUUAGACGUUUUGUCUUUUACGCUGUAAAAUAUACACGAACCCCUACACAUUUUGGGAGUUUCAUGAUAAUUAGGAAUGUAGGACCAUGACCUUAAGAGGUUAAUAUACAUUUUCCAAACUGUAUAAAUUGCAACGCAUGGGUCAUGUUUAAUUUGAAGGGACAACAAUCAGGGUUAUGUACUAUUGUAAGAAUUGUCAUUAAUUCAAAGUGAAAUCUUUGUGAAUUUAAAAUUAGCGGAAGCUGAAAAAUGAAUAAAAUAAAAAUGUAAUAAUUACACUUGGCACCGUGUAGUCUUGGAGAUAGUCUUUAAAGCAGAUUUGUCACUUUUUAGUAUUUAAUAAAGAUAUAAUCUUCAUGAAAUACUGAUUAAGACUGUGUUGGAAUUUCACAGAAAUUCUCAUACAAUCCAGAGAUACCAUAAGAAAAAAUAUGGACUACUUUGUCUUAUAAACAAGCCUGAGCUUGACAGACAUUUACAAAAGGUGAAGCUCCUCUGUCAAUUUAUGGCCAAUCCCAGCAGCAGUCACAAAUGAUGGCUGUGGGAUUUAGGCUUUUCUAUGAAGGAGCCAUGUGCAAGAGUACAGCACUGAUGUGGACCCUGGAAGUGCAUGGAGUCAAAGAGGACCUCUAUCGUGAACAUGACAGUGGUUCUGAGGGACAGCCAGAGGUAAGUAAUACUCAUCUCCCCUGUACUGCACGGCCACCGGACCCUGAUCAGAUGUGUCCAAUUCAGGGGUAUUUGCAAAAUAUGCAAAGACCAUAAAAUUGACAGAUCUGCUUUAAAAAGACCAUUCAUUAAGCAUUGAGCUUUCUUUGAACGAUUAGCAGAAAGUAGCAAUGCUUGUGGCUUCUCAAAGAUGGAAAAGGGAGUUGUGAGAUUUUAAUUGAAAUAACAAAAUAAUGCCUGGUUUUGCUGUAGAUCAUAUUUCUUAGUUCUGUGUCAUAUAUGUUGCACAAAUGCUGCUAUAAACAUUUGUCCUUACAGCUUUAUUAGUUUACAUGGCGAGUCAGGAAAUCAUUCACACAAACAUCCAUUCCCAGUGCAUUCGCCACAAUGGCCACGUUGACCGAACCAACAAGGCACAUUAUACUUAGUAUCUUGCUGAAGGGACUAUAACUGGAAUUAUGAAAAUAAAUAUUUAUAAAAAACUGUCACGUAUUCAUCCGCUUAUAAAAAUGUGGUUAAUGACAUUUACUGUCCACACAGGAAAAGUUGUACCGAGCAGCAACCUAAUCCACAGAAGGGUUAAUGCUGAGCAGCAAUUAUGCAAAUGGGAACCUCUUAACUGCUUUGGGGUCAAAGGCCGGUUACAGACUAUCAGUUACUAGAGGAGGGGUAUUUAGAGGAGGGGUAUUUAGGCCCAGUUCUCAUCCUGCUCAGUGCCCUGUCGUGGUUUCCCUUGUGGUUGUCCGAGAGCGCGUUAUUGAUUCUGGUAAUUCUGGUUAUUUGACUUUGGCAUUUUUUUUGACUUCCCCGUUUUCUGGCAUCCCUUACUCCUGGCUUUUCCUUAUCGUUGUGUCUCUUUCUGUUUCCCUUGACCUCGGCUAUUACUGACUAUUCUUUGGUACGUUAGUCCGGCCAUUCUAAGGUCCGGUAUACGUUACCUACCAGUCCUCUGUGUUAUACAAUUCUACGUGCUGGAUCAUUCUGUAAUCCUGACACAAACACACUCAGAUUAUCAUCUGAUUAUGUUCAAGGGGGAGUGGGAGGUUGUUAUAUUAGCUGUAUAUAACAAAUGUGCUUAGAGGGAACCCUACAGGCUAGCUUUAUGUAGAAUUGUAAAACGAACUUGGGUGCCAAGCUGAUGAACAGGGAUGAUGCUAAGACUAAUAACGCAUGUAUCUGUGAAAUGUUAUAGGGGAUUUGAAAUUGGUGACAAAUCAGUUACAUGUUAGUAAAAUAUAAACUUCUUAAAGAAUUAGAUUGAAUCUGUUUAAACAUACUAUACCAUUCUAUUCCUAUGAUGCUCUGGGCUCAGAACGCAUGUUAAACAUUGGUGGACACGGUGAAUAUUCACAGUCUAGUAGAUGUUAAUUAUACAGAUCUGUGUUUUCCACUAUCCUUGGUCUAUGCAAAUACACAGAGUGGGAGGAAUUUCUGAAAAUAUGUUUUAUUCUUUAGCCAUAGCAACUGGUAACCAGGCACCUUUGGCAGUAAAUACCUCGACUGAUUGGAACACAGGCUGCUGGUUCAGUUACUUAAUAACUGUAUAAAUGUUAUAUUUAGAGUAGGGUAUUCACGAAUUCUGCAUGGUUUUGGUCUUUGUCUUCAUUAAACUGCAUUUAAAACUAUUACUUAAAAUUAAAAGGCACAUUUUAUAUCAAAGUUCAUAUUUGGAAAUAUUUAGGUUAUUUAGAGCAUAAUAUAUUCAUUUUUUAAAAUAAAAAAUAUUAUAUUGAUAGGGUUCCAAUUGCUACUUUAAAAUACAGUAAAAUGUUCUGAAAUAUUGAAUAUAAGUUGUUGUUUUUUUAAAUACCAGAAAUGCACAUUACUACAGAAUAAAAAAACAUUUUGUGACAUGUUCAAAAAAUCUACCAGUUUAGAUCACUGAAGCCAACAGAGUGAAGCUAAACCUUUACCAAUUAUAUUUUAUAACCAUCUCCAUUUCCUUCUGUUUACCCUUACUCCGCUCGCGUUUUUUAUAUAUAUAUAUAUGUCUUUGUCACAAAGUAUUUUAAAUAUAAGUAUUUAAAUUUUUUAUUUACAUUCUGUAUUCGUAUUAUUUGAUAUUUUUAUGGUGUGUCUGUAGCAUUUGUGCCAAUGGGCAUGGGUUAUAAAUUGAUAUGCUACAUCAACCUUUAAAAAUAACAUUGUAUUAAAAACACAAUAGGUAGGGCAUAUGAAGAUCAAGGGCACGGCAUGGGUGGUUGAUAGCAAGGAAUACAAAGGACUAAGGAGUAGUCAGUGUAAUUUACAGUCUAUGACUGAUGGUGGCCUUGGUGAGUUCCUCUUUCACAGAACAUCUCCAAAAGGUUCCAAGUAGAACCCAUCUUUAAGAUGUCAUGACAUUUCCUUUUUGAUGACUGUCCCCAUUCACUUCAAAGGAAACCAGUUCAGAAAUGUAUCUCAGGGAAAGAUUGUCAGAUCCAAGUUGUUAGUAGGUUUUCUUUGAAAUGAGCCAUUUGCAGAAGGUGAUAAUGCUUUGAGCAUUUAACUUGUCUCAGAGAGACACCAUGAUGCCUCCACCUACCCAAUUCAUCUUUAGGAUGAAAAUAUAAAUUUUUGGGUAUCUCUCGCACUCAUUUAGCCUCUAAUGAAUAAUUACCUAAUUUUGUUUUUUGUCUCUCUGGUUGCACAAAAGGUCUUGUAUUUCCCCCUUGGUGGUUAUGAAUUUGGGGUUAUCAAAUAAUAUAUUGUCAUGUUGGUCCUUUUUUCACUUGUCUUAUCAUUCAAUAUAUUACCAUUUUUAAUAAAUUUUAUAUCUCUUUCUAUUUUCUCUGUUUUUACACAGUUCCAUCAGGUGAGAAGAGUGAUGACCAUCCUUUUCCUUACUAUGGUUAUUUCAUACUUCAGUUGCAUGAAAGCUGCCCCUAUGAAAGAAGCCAGUGUCAGAGGACAAAGUGGCUUGGCCUACCCGGGUCUUCGGACCCAUGGUACUCUGGAAAGCAUAGGUGGGUCAAUGAGCGGUUCAAGAGGAGGAGGACUUCCAUCGUUGACAGAUACCUUUGAACAAGUCAUAGAGGAACUCCUGGAAGAAGAAGAAAAUAUAAGGCAGAGCGAGGAAAAAAAGGACUCGGACAUGUAUACAUCUCGAGUUAUGCUGAGCAGUCAAGUGCCUUUGGAGCCACCACUGCUUUUCUUACUUGAGGAAUACAAAAACUACCUGGAUGCUGCAAAUAUGUCCAUGAGGGUCCGGCGCCACUCAGAGCCUUCCCGACGUGGGGAACUGAGCGUGUGUGACAGUAUUAGUGAGUGGGUGACUGCAGCAGACAAGAAAACUGCAGUGGACAUGUCAGGGCAAACAGUUACCGUUCUUGAAAAAGUCCCAGUACCUAAAGGUCAGCUGAAGCAAUAUUUCUAUGAGACUAAGUGUAACCCUAUGGGUUACAUGAAAGAAGGAUGCAGGGGCAUAGACAAAAGGUACUGGAACUCACAGUGCCGAACAACCCAGUCUUAUGUGCGAGCUCUCACGAUGGAUAGCAAAAAAAAAGUUGGCUGGCGGUUUAUCAGAAUAGACACUUCCUGUGUAUGUACACUGACCAUUAAAAGAGGAAGAUAGUAAAUUUAUCUUGUAUAGAUUAUAUUGAGAAGAGAAUAUCUAUUUGUAUAUAUACAUAACAGGGUAAAUUAUUCAGUAAGAAAAAAAUUAUUUUAUGGACUGCAUGUAUAAAUGAAGUUUAUACAGUACGGUGGUUCUUCAAUCUAUUUAUUGAACAUAUCCAUAACCUCCUAAGGAAACGGAGUCCUCUGUGCACAAUGCAGCCUGUUUACUGCUGGAGGGGCCCCAAGGGACCUAUUGCUGUGCAAUGUUUCUCUGGCCCCUCCAGCAGAAUAUGGGAUAAGUCUGCAUUAUGUUCCUCAAUAACAUUGUGGUUUGUUGCUGUUGCCAAGAAUUGAAAAACGUAAAGAGUUAAAAGCGAGAGUUGCAUGCUGCUUCAGUUGUGAAUUGAUAACACUCUGUCCUCUUUCAGAUGAAAUUCAAACCAAAACAUACCGUUUACAUUUUAGACAGUAUCCUCAUUCCUAUUGGUAUUAUAUCUGUUUACUGCUUUUAACUUCUGAUAGCGUUGGAAUUAAACAAUGUCACGGUGCUGUUGUCAUAGCUCUACUGUUUAAUUAAUUUUUGUUCUGUUCUUUUUUUUAAUGUUUUUUUUUUAAUUUAUUUAUUUUAUGUUUUUGUUUUUUUGUUUUUAUUUCUGGAAAAAAAGUUGCAAAGAGCUUGUCAUGG